UCCGCCUCAGACUCGCAGCGGCGGCGCUCGGAGGAGGGGGUCGUGCUGCGGGGCUCGCUCGGUGACGCACACGCCCCACCAUGUACACCGUGUCAAAGGGACCGAGCAAGAUCGUGGCGCGGACCAGGAGAGGCCUGACACAGAAGCUGGAGAGCUUGGACGCCAUCCGUGACCUGACGAGGAAGUCGUCCUCGGAGCCCUCGCCGCCGUCCUCGCCAGAGAUGAGCUCUCCGCGCCCCGUGUUUUCGGAGAAGCGGAGACAAAACUCACGAAGCAAGCCCACGCCCACCAUCUCACCCCAGCACGAGGAGGUGGUGCGCUACCUGGCACACACAUGGCGGCGAGUAAAAGAAGAGUAUGCGAAUGCAGACGACUCGGGUGGCGGAGACAUCGAAUCGUUGUACUACGACCAGGUGGAGGUUCAUCCAGCGCUACAAGACUUCCAGCCAUUCGACCUGGAGGCGUGGUGGGGCCAACGCCUCUACCAGCAGCUGACAGGCAGCAUGUCCUAGUCACGUGGUUUGCGCCGAACUGUGCCCUCUCCGGGCCACGCAGCCACGUGACCUCCCAUAGACUCGGCCACCCACAGGCCCCGCAUUGCCACGUGAUCUGUGCCUGACGCGUACAUAUCCUGUAUUCGGUCACGUGACCCGCGUCGGACGGCCCGGCUACGUCACGCACCCGCAGCAGGCUCGCCUGGCGAUGUCACGUGACCGCUGCACGCGGGCGUGACCCCGCCACGUGAUCGGCGCCGUUGGGCCGUGCCGACGUCGUAGUGAUAGCGGCAUUGCCCCCGGCGCUCAGUCUGCCGCCUGCGCCGGCUGUGUCGGUGGUGUACAGUUGUAGUGUACAUGGUGGCCGCCAGGGCGCCAAGAGGCGGCCUCGCGCGCGGCGCACGUAGCAUUCCAGUAGCGAAAGAAGGCGAUGGCGAUCCGCCGCGGCCGCUGACCUGACCUGACCUGACUCCAGGUCACCGGCACGCCAGCCGGGGUCGCGUCCCAAAGCCGGGACGGCUACCGCGUGGUGCGGGGGGCAGUGUCUGACCGGAGAUGAACCAACCCGCCGCGGCCGCAAGCGUAUAUUUUCCUAGUGCUUAGGUGUGCGUGUGCGCGUGUGUCCGUGCGCGUAUGCGUGAGUCGCGCAGGCGGCCGUGCGUCGGGUGCAGAGGGGAUCGGGACGGCGUGCAAUGGCGCUCUUCCGUCCCAUGGGUCCACGUGACGUGACUGUCACGUGACCCGGCGUGGAGACGCCCGCAGUGCGAGUGUGUGCAUGCGUGUUGACGUGUGGAGUCAUUACACAGAGAGAUGUAA